AUGGCGUACAACCAUGGGGAGGAAGAUGGCGAUGACAUCGUUGAGAUACAUGUGGGAGAGGCCACCCAGAUAUCCACCUCCAUGUCUCCUGCAUGCCAGGUAUGUCACGACCUGAUGCAGAUGUUUGCGGCCAGCAGAGAAAGACCACCUGCCACAACUGAAAUCGUUCUUGGGUCUUUCGAAGAAGCGAUAUCCACCAAGUGCCAACGGCACAAGCCACUAGUUGAGCGAUUUGUGGAAUACUGUCAACGGCCAGGACAUUGGAGAACGCAGUCGGACGACUUGGGAAUGCUGUUCACAGGUGAACAGCCUGAAAUAGCCGCGUCAGUGUCUAAACUGGGCUCUGUUUUGAGUCUUGUGCUCGCAAAUAAGUCGCCUUUAAGUACCGACCCCAUCCGAAAAGGGCGCAUAGUCGACCCUAUGUACAUGGACCUCGACAUGCUCAAACACUGGAAGGACGAGUGCUUGACGUCACACGGCAAGAGGUGUCAGAACCCAAUGAAGAUCUGGCGUACUCAUCCUGCUUGGCUUGUGGACGUCAAAAAAAUGUGCGUCGUGCCCGGCGACAACUCGACUGUUGGCUCAUCUUCCUUUGUGGCGCUAAGCUACCGUUGGGGAUCAAAGCCCAGUGUUGGUGUCGUCCCCGAGUCUAUGCUAGACCUGCAGCGGCCUGGUAUACUUGAUGACGACCAAGCCAGCGGCUGGGUAUCCCAACUGAUGCCGCCCAUGGUUCGACAUGCCAUGUACCUCACGUCUGUCCUUGGUGAGCGCUAUCUAUGGGUCGACUCCCUCUGCAUCGUCCACGGCGGUAGCACCACUGCCGAGCAGCUUAGUCUUAUGAGUGCCUUCUACGCCAGCGCAACGGUGGUCAUCAUCGCCACGGAUGGUGACGCGCAGGACGGCAUUGCGGGACUCAAGGGCAUCCCCAAAUCACUUCCUCGAGAUGCUCAGCAGUGGCUCAUUCCAUUUGGCGAUGAUGAAACCAUCGUCGCACGAAGCAGCUCCCCGUUCACACUCAUCCAGGGCGGACCAUACUACGCACGUGGAUGGACUUUCCAGGAAUACAAGAUGGCAAGCCGCAAGAUUUUCCUCAAAGACGGUCUGGCACACUGGGAGUGUCAGCGUAGCCUGUGGCACGAAGAUCUUGUCCAAGGAGUGGAGCUGAAAAAGUAUAUCGAGCCGCGGCUCCGCGAGAUCUUGGCUGGAUUCCCCGGGCUCGAUGGUCUGGCCAACUUGAUCGGAAAUUACAACAAUCUGAAGCUCCGUUACGAAGAGGAUGCGCUGCCUGGGAUUACGGGCCUUCUAUCGGUACUAAGCAGGUCGUUUACCGGUGGCUUCUUGUAUGGCAUUCCGGAGACCUUUUUCGAUCGGGCCCUUGGAUGGCGGCCAGUUUGGCCCCACACAAACCUCACACGACGCAAAACCUCAGAUCGGCCAAGUCACCUGAAAUUUGGAGCGGAUUUGCCCUCCUGGUCAUGGGUCGGGUGGCAAGGUCUCGUCACUUUAGGUGAAGAAGCUGUCCGGGUCAAUCACCGGAUGUCAGCUAUUAGCGAGACGUUCCCGAUCACGCUGUGGUCCACUGGAGACUCCCCCACGACUCCUCCGCAUGCCCGUCGUCCAAUACGGUCGGGUUGGUACGAACAGAGAAGCGGCUGGAAGAAAAGCGCUGCGGAUCUCGCCUCGCCGCUGCCAAGAGGCUGGACCCGGCACGAGGUUAAGAUGGGAACUACCUCGACGUUUAGGGAUGAACCUCUUCUAUGGCCAGAAGGGUGCGGAGGAUAUGUGUACAAGCACGAAAACCUGCCUGAUGACGACUACGGUCCCACGGACACGUUCUUCUACCCCUUCCCAGUCCCGGAAAUUACAGAGACAACUCCGCCUGACAUGCCUGAGCAGACGGCGUAUCUGUUCUGUACGACUCAGCGAGCCCGUCUCUGGACACGUGGAGACAAAAAUGUCGAUCAUAGGUUUUUCGAUGCUGAUUCAAGUCUUUCCAUAAGUAUGCAUAACGCGACUGGUGACGCGGCCGGCAAGCUCCAGCUGCACGAUCACGAUCAGCUGAAGCGACUUGUAGACGCAUCCGCGGGCACUGAUCUGGGAGCACAGGUCGAAAUUGUGGCGAUCAAUCGUGUGUGGACGUGUGGAAAUAGUUUUAACGAGAAAGAGGAGAGACGUUGUCUCCCUCAGUGGACCCUAGACGAAUACACUGUCUUGUGGAUAGAGUGGGAAGGAGGUGUCGCCUAUCGCAGCGCCGUAGGCUGGAUCGAGAGGUCCAAAUGGGAGCAACUUGAUCUCGAGGAGGUGGAUUUAGUUAUGGGGUAA